CAGCCCAUCGUCCGCUAUGAGAACCUCAUCAGGAGGAUGGAGCCCCUGGUGCCCUGGAUACAGGAGGCGGAGAAGGAGAGGCUCCAGGCUCUCGAGUGGGUCUUUGGGAUUGGCCUGGAGAAGUUAUCAAACCUCAGCCAUCAGACUGGAGGGCUUCACUCCUGGCAGGUGAUGUGGGGCUGUGAGCUCAGGGAAGACGGGAGCAAAAGAGGGUUUUUGCACUACGGCUACAAUGGGAUGGACUUCCUCAAGUUUGAUGAAGAGAUCCUCAGAUGGGUGGCAGCUCAUCCCCAGGCUGAGAAGGUCAAGGAGAAAUGGGAGGACCAUCUAGAGUGGACCCAGGGAAGAAAAAUCUACCUGGAGGAGACCUGCAUUGAGUGGCUGCAGACAUACCAGUCCUACAGGAGGGGGACUCUGGAGAAGAGAGAGCCCCCAGUGGGGAAGGUGACCCAUAAGGCCAUUAAUGACCGUCUGGAGGUCCUCAUCUGCCAGGCCUUUGGCUUCUACCCCAAGGAGAUCCGGGCCACCUGGAGGAGGGACAGAGAGGUCUGCAAGUAUGAAGCAUUCCAUAGGAAUGUGGCCCCCAACUCAGAUGGGACCUAUUAUGUCUGGCUGAGCAUUAAGAUCGACCCCAAGGAGAGGGACCGUUUUCGGUGUCACCUGGAGCACGAGGGCUUGCAGGAGCCCCUGGUCUUGGCCUGGGAGGAGGAAAGAGCUACAGGGUGGGAAAUUCUUAUUGGAAUCGUGGCUGCCGUAAUCUUGGGAGCUGGGAUUCUCUUCCUGAUAAGUAAGUGAAACCAACAUAUCCACUGACAUCCACCCCUGGGUCUUUCUGUGUUGGC